GGAGUUCGAUCGAACUGCGCCAUAUUACAUCGAUGAUGGCCGUCCGCCUCCUGCUCCUCGUCCCGCUCGCGGCGGCGUCGAAGAUGACUUUGGUGGAGACGAUCCCGCUGCUGGACCUCGACGAGAUCCAGCUCACGCCCGGCGCCGUCAACACCUGGGAGGCCCAGGUGGCCCUGGCCAACGGGGCGAAGAAGACGCUCGACGUCACGUUCAUGUACGAGAACCUGCUCGCGGAGUCGGACGCGCCCCACGCGUCCUCGUUCUCGCGCGACCUCACGGCGCUCGGCGUCGACCGCGGACGGCUCGUGUUCGAGGCCGUCGUCGCGGCCCAGCGGCGCGGCGUCGCCGUGCGCGUGCUCGCGUCGCCCAUGGGCGGCACGGCGAACUGCUCCCUCGUGCGCGCGCUGCGGGCGACGCCGGCGAAAUUCGCGUACGCCGAGUGGGACCCGGACGCGUGGUACGGCGGCGGCAUCAUGCACAUGAAGCUCUGGGUCGCGGACGGCGCGUCGGCCUACGUCGGGAGCGCGAACCUCGACUGGGCGUCGCUGGCGCAGGUCAAGGAGUUCGGCGUGCUGGUCGAGGACGGCGCCGUCGGCGAGGAUCUCGGCGCGCUCUUCGAGGGCUUCUGGGCCAUGGCGGCGCUGAAGAACGACACGCGGCUCGCGCGCGACCCGCGCGUGGCCCACGACCGCCGCGUGCCGGCCUGGAGCGCCCUCGUGGCCGAAAGCGAGCGCGCGGCGGACCCGCUCGCGCGCUUCGGCACGCCCUGGAACCUGACGCGGCCCAUCGAGAGGUCGGGGUUCCCGGACGUCUUCGUCGCCGCCGCCCCUCCGGAGGUCGUCGGCGACGCGGGCCGCAUGACCGACGAAGCGGCCAUCGUGGCGACCAUCGACGACGCCGCGACAUCGGCGUCGCUCGCGGUCAUGGACUUUUCGCCCGCGUCGGCCUACGCGCAGCGAGGCGAGGCCAAAGGCGUCGUCUUCUCGUGGCCCGCCAUCUCCGACGCGCUGGCGCGGGCCGUCUUCGCCCGCGGCGUCGACGCGAAGCUGCUCGUCUCCUGGUGGCCCAACACGGACGCGGCGUCGCUGUCCUACCUCGCGGGCCUCCGGCGCACGGCGCGGUCGUGCGCGUUCCAGUACAGCGCGUGCAACGGCACGUUGGAAGUCAAGCUCUUCGCGCUGCCGGGCUGGGACGCGCUGGCGUCCUACCCGUCCAAGUACGGCCCGGGCCUCAACGGCACCUACCCGGCCUACACGCGCGUCGCCCACGGCAAGGUCGUCGUCACGGAUCGGCGCGCGAACGUCGGCACGUCCAACUGGCAGUGGGGCUACAUGUACGAGACGGCCGGCGCGUCCUUCAACACGGGCGACGCGGCCUUCACGGCAUCGCUCCAGAGCGCCUUCGACCGCGACUGGGCGUCGUCCUACGCCGUGCCCCUCGACGACUUCCUCCGCGACGAGCGCGAGGCCGCGUGCCGCGGCCGCGACGCCGACGGCCGCGCGAAGUGCGAGGCCGUCAUCGCGUCGCUCCUGCCCUCCUCGGAGCUCUAAUUCCGGCCACCUCCCCCUCCCCCUUCCCUUGCCUCUCGGGCUCUCCCCCCCCCCCCCCCUUUUUCUCGCCCUUCGGGGCUUCGCC